GGACCGCAAAAACUAUUUCUAUGGAAACUAGCACCAUCUAACAUAGAGGACGAGUCAACUAAGUCACAUAAAAACGUUUGAAUUGCACUAGAUGUCGCUACAGUGCCCGAUUGUCAUGUUUUCUUAAAUUUUUAUUUUUAAAUAGCUAAAUUCGAAAAAUCAAUACAAAAAUAUUGUUUAUAAAAUGAAAUCAAAUUCAUUUUACAUUUUUACUACGAAUAAAUUUAUUCAAGAUCACACAAUUUUGCAAUGGCAAUACUAUGUGAUGUGUCGAAGCUUGAAACUAAACGUUAGAAAACUUGAAAUAUUUCUUGUCGAGUUUGUUCGAUGUGUUGUGUGUGCGUUGUUGUUUCUCCUUUGAUAUAGAUUUAUCACUUUUAUUUUGACCCUUGCGCGCUUAACGAACCCUGAUAGUGCUUCUUUUAUUGUUAUUUGGCUAUUUUUUACGGACACAGUCUCAUACUCUUCACUUGACCAACCCCGGCAACGUUUUUAGGCUGAUGAUGGCGAAGAUACCGAAAAGCCCACGAUCUAACUGUUAUUUCGGGUGUAAUGCAGAAGGUCCUCUGCAUCAUUUCCAUAAGCCUGAAAAAUAUGUAGAAAGGUUUGAAAUCUGGAAAGCAGUGUUAGAGAAUGACACUACAGAAGAAGGAAAUAUGUAUAUCUAUAACCAAUUAAGGUUAUGUAAUAAACAUUUUGAAAAUUAUUGCAUAUUACCAAGCAAAACUAGGCUAACAAGAAAUGCUAUUCCAAGUCUGUAUAUUAAGAAAGAUGAUAUGUCUAUUUGUGCAUCAACAUCCACAGAAAAAUCUAUUGAGACAGGUACUGCAGUUUUGAUGGAUAAGGCUACUAAAAAAAGCAUAAAGCAAAAAUUUUUUUUAAGAAUGCAAAAUCUAACCAGCGGAGUGUGAAGACACUGCUGAUCUACUACUCGUCUUUGACAAAUUAUAUGACUCUUUUAAUGGCCACCCAUACCAUGAUACGGCUAAAGUUCUCAA